ACGUCAUCGCCACCACCACCAGCGGCGGCGGCGGCCGCUCAGUGUGUCGCUCCGGUUCCAACAGACCAAAGGCGUCCUCCACCGCGCUGUGUCUUCCCGGAUACUCUCCACUCUUCAUGGGAUAUAUGCACACAAACUGGCCCCCCCGACAGCUCUUUGCUCCGUGGGUCAGCGACAGGCCGGACAAUUGUGCCCUGAGCCAAGUGCACGUCAGCCGGGGUGGAUUUGUUCAGACGCGGAGUGAUUCGCCCGGUGUUUUUGACAGCUCGAUGUGUCGAAAUACCGAUGGAGCUUUUUUGGACAUCUGGAUGAUUGGCAAGACAAGGGACUUCACGCAGGCUUGUGUGGAUGCAGCCUCACGCCCAUAACAAGUCGAUGGAUGUUGCUAUGCCCACGGUGCAGGUCGGGUUACGGUGAAUAUUUAUCAUCGUGAACUAUUCGGAUGUGGCCUAAAUCACUAUUAUAUGAUGGAACGUGGCCUUCAUUUAUGGUGCAUCUUAUGGUUGAUGCUGAUCAAUUAUUUCUUCAUCCUGUGGUAGUGUCUGUCUAUCUUUAAGAAAUCCCCCCCCCCCCCCCCCCCCCAGACAUUUACAGACUCCUUCUCCUUCACUGAUGGAUAAGCUAACACAAAAAUGAGACGUCCAUUCGCCAUCAUUCCUGGGUUUGUGGUGUUCACACUGACCUGCUUUCCGGCUACGGAUUGAAUUAAUUAAUAUGAUCGGACCCCCGAUUGAUGGAGUCUGUCCGGGGUUCGUUUGAGCAGCAGGAUUUAGUCCGGACCGGACUUUUGGGAUGUAGGGCACAGAAUAGAGAUCCAUCCAUUCAGCCACCCAUGCCGCGCAAGCCCAUGUUCAUGGAGAUGGCUGACGGGGGAGGAGCAUCUACACUGGAUAAUGAGGACCCCCACUCGGAGGAUUGCACUCGGCUCUGUCAGGGUCUGUCAUUUUUACUGGUAGUCUAACCACAGUGAGUCCCCCCGCAAGCAUAUUCCAGUGACAGUGGAUUCUCACAAUUCAUGGAAAACAGCAUGGAGCCCUAUUUGUCUUCUAAUGUCGAUCUACAUGAACACUUAGCGUAUUAAAGAUCAUUGUAAUGUAAGAAGUGGCAAGCCAGUGUUUUAAAAAGGAUACGGGAUAUGCCUUAAGAAGCCAACACGGUGCACACGUGCAGUUUUUACACCAUUCAAUGUCCAUCGGGAAGCGGGGAUACUCUCAUGCUUUUGGAGUUUGACCUCACGUCCAUUGUACCUGAAUGACCUGACCCUUCUGGGAAUACGCGCUUGUUGCACAACCACGAGCGGAAAGGUUAUCUGUUUCAUCAAGAUGCGGGAAUGGGGGCACGGCACUCCCGGUUCCUUAAUCCGCUGACUCCCGCCCGCUACUGGUGGUCUCGGACGCCUCGUUGAUGGGCCUGCGGUGUGUACUGUGCCCGAGUUGACAGAGUGUCCAUGAACCCGUACGGCAGAGUGAGCAACAUGGCGGCCCCCCUCUCCUGCAGCAGCUGUGGGGGCUGCUGCUCCCCACCUCCCCCGUGUCUCAUCCCUUCCACGGCAUCCUCCAUGACCCCGCCACCCCUCAUGUGCCCUGCCCCGGUCAUGCAAGUGGAGAACGGCAGUAGCUGGAACUCAUCCUUCGGCUCCCCGGAGUCUCACCGCGACUGCACGGCGCUCAACCCUUACUGGACGGCGGUGUUUGAUUACGAGGCCACGGCAGACGAGGAGUUGACCCUGAGGCGCGGGGACCUCUUGGAAGUUCUCUCCAAAGACUCUAAAGUUUCCGGCGAUGAGGGUUGGUGGACGGGUAAGAUCCAGGAUAAGGUGGGUAUCUUUCCCAGUAACUAUGUGACAAAGGGGGACGCUCCAAACUACCAGCAGCUCACAGUGGAUGUGGGCGAGUGCCCUUUGGAGGUGGACUUUUCCGAACUGCUCCUGGAGGAGGUUAUCGGAGCGGGUGGUUUUGGGAAGGUCUACAAAGGGAUUUGGCAAGGGGACGAAGUUGCGGUCAAGGCUGCCAGGCAAGACCCAGAUGAAGACAUCAGCGUGACAGCGGAGAGCGUCCGCCAGGAGGCCAGACUCUUCUGGAUGCUCCGGCACCCUAACAUCAUCGCCCUGCGCGGGGUCUGCUUGCGGGAGCCCAAUCUGUGCUUGGUCAUGGAAUACGCCAGAGGCGGGGCCCUCAACCGAGCCUUGGCUGGAAAGAAGGUGCCCCCGAGGGUGCUGGUGAACUGGGCUGUGCAAAUUGCGACGGGGAUGGACUACCUUCACAACCAGGCGUUUGUACCCAUCAUCCACAGAGACCUCAAGUCCAGUAAUAUCCUCAUUCUGGAGCCGAUGGAGCGUGACGACCUGAGCGUGAAGACCCUGAAGAUCACCGACUUCGGCCUGGCGCGAGAGUGGCACCAGACCACCAAGAUGAGCGCGGCGGGCACGUACGCCUGGAUGGCGCCCGAAGUCAUCAAGCUCUCCCUCUUCUCCAAGAGCAGCGAUGUUUGGAGUUUUGGGGUGCUGCUGUGGGAGCUGCUCACCGGCGAGGUUCCCUACAGAGAAAUAGACGCGCUAGCCGUAGCUUACGGCGUGGCCAUGAACAAGCUAACACUUCCCGUCCCUUCCACGUGCCCCGAACCUUUCGCUCAGCUCCUAGCAGAGUGCUGGAGCCCGAUCCCCCACAGCAGGCCCUCCUUCACCAGCAUCCACCGGCGGCUGCUGGCCAUCGAGCAGUCGGCCAUGUUCCAAAUGCCCCUGGAGUCCUUCCACUCCUUGCAGGAAGACUGGAGGCUGGAGAUCCAGCAGAUGUUUGACGAGCUGCGGGCCAAAGAGAAGGAGCUGAGGUCUUGGGAGGAGGCGCUGGCCCGGGCGGCCGAGGAGCAACGAGAGCAGGAGGAGCAGCUGAGGAGGCGAGAGCAGGAGCUGGCCGAGCGCGAGAUCGACAUCGUGGAGCGUGAGCUCAACAUCAUCAUCCACCAAAUGUACCAGGAGAAGCCCAGCGUGAAAAAGAGGAAGGGACACUUCAAGAAGAGCAGGCUGCUCAAGCUGAGCAGAGACGGCAACAGCAUCAGCCUGCCCUCUGGCUUCGAGCACAAGAUCACGGUGCAGGCGUCGCCCAGCGUGGACAAGAGGAAGAUGCAGGGCAGCGAAAUCACCACACCUCCCGCCAGCCCGGGCGUUAUUCCUCGCCUUCGAGCCAUACGACUGACGCCAAGCGACGGCAGCAAGACGUGGGGCCGCAGCACAGUGUGCAAGAAGGAAGAUAUGGCGGCCGGCAAGAAGAAAGGACGAACGUGGGGGCCCAGCUCGACCCAUCAGAGGGAGAGGGUCGGGGGCGAGGACAAACUGAAAUCGCUGAGCGAGGGUGGCAAAGUGUGGUCAUCCAGUGCCCCGAACCUGGGAAAGUCCCCCAAGCACGCACCCAUGACGGUGGGCUUCUCCAGUCUCAGUGAGAUGGAGGAGUGCUGCGAGUCGGAGGAGUCGCCGGGCUCCCUGCAGCCCUCCGAGACCAGCAGCAACGGGGCUGCAGACGACUCGGGGUCUUUGUGGAGCACCCCGGGGUCCGGCACGGCAACCGCUACGGUGGGCUCGUCAGGCGCCAGCUCCACUCAGGGUUCCGUGGGAAUGGCGGCGGCGCUGAGCCACCAGGACUCUCUAAGACGUUGCGGCCAGAGGAAGAAGAGCGACAUGCUGCUGUUGGGUUGUGCCUCGCUGCUGGCCUCGGUGGGCUUGGGCCAAGACCUGAUGCAGCUGGGCAGACUGCAGGUGCUCCAGGACGAGCAGGACAUAAAAGAGGAGCAGAGGAAGAAGAAGGAAAGUCUUUUCCAGCGCACGGGACGUUUCCGUCGCAGCACGUCGCCCCCCAGCAGAAACCUCUCCUUGUCCCUCUCCCGCCAUCACGAUUCCACGUUGCCCUCCCUGGACCCUUCCCCGUCCGUCACGCUGCUCUCCUUGUCCUCGCUGUCCGACUGCAACUCCACCAAGUCCCUCCUACCUUCCGACGCGGACGACUACCCGUUGACGCCGGGCAGAAUGCAAGCCCCGCCCCCGACGGGCCCCUCCCUCAACCCGCUGUUGGACUUGCGGACAGAGAGUUUCAAGAAGGAGCCCAACCAGUCGCUCACGCCCACCCACGUGUCGGCCGCCAUGGCGUUCAAUAGGGGACACAGACGUACGCCGUCUGACGGAGCCAUACGACCACGGGCGCAGACUUUUGUCCACCGCAGGACGCCGUCUGAUGGAAGCAUGCCCAUGCCCCCUCUGGCGGGGGAACCCGUCAUCAGAGUAUCCAAAGGUGCGCUGGACUCCCUGGACGUCCCUCGCCUGCCGGACCCCUCGGCCAUCUUCCCUCAGCCCCAGCGUCGAAAGGCCCCCGCUCCCCCCGUUCCGGCUCCCCUCUGUCUCAUCAGCCCCCUGGAGCGACCCAAAACACUGGAGUUCGCCGGCCGUCCCCGGCCAGCUCCGGCCCGGGCACGGGGCGACCCGUGGAAGCUGGGCUCGCUGUCCGGAAACUUCAACGCCGGCUGCGUGGAACCCCCGGGAUCGGGGGACGGCGACAACGGCGCCACGCGGCCCAACUUGAUGGACACGGACGUGGAGGGGCAAAGUUUGGACCACACGGUACCUCUGUGCGGGAAGAUUCAGCCCGCUGCCCUUUGCGGGCAACAGUACACAUAGCAGCCCGCUUUCUGCACGGCAAUCCAGCAACGAUGACACUUACUGGAAACCAUUCCUUCUACUAAGGUACGAAGAGCGCCCACCCAGAUUCUCCCGACAAACCCGACCACCACAGAAACGCCUCAAAAAUCCAUUCAUUCCGUCAACAGGUGAACUCACCUGCUUUCAACAUUCCCACCAGUAGACUUGUUGUAUCAUGAA